ACAAAAAGAGUCAAAGAAAAUGGGCAUCAAUCGGUUGACUCUAUUGCGUGUGCUCUAAUUACUAUUAUAUAUAUUACCUCAAUAAUUUGUUUCUGAUCCAACCUUCGCGCUUCCUCUCUGUCUCUGACUCUCUGUUUAUCUUUGCGUGAGAGACAGAUCGAGAUGGGUGCGCUGCGACCAAGCUCCAUAGCUAAUGAAGGAAACGAUGCACAAAUCCAUGAAGAUGCACACCAUGAUGAUCAGAAGGACCUUGAUGCUGGUGCUCUCUUUGUUCUUAAAUCCAAAGGAUCAUGGGUGCACAGUGGAUACCAUUUGACAACUUCAAUAGUUGCUCCACCUCUGCUGAGUCUUCCAUAUGCUUUUGCCUUCCUUGGAUGGGCGGGUGGAAUUCUUUGCCUCGUCAUCGGAGGCCUCGUCACUUUCUAUUCAUACAACUUAAUCUCUCUGGUUCUUGAACACCAUGCUCAGCUGGGUCAUCGCCACCUCCGCUUCAGAGACAUGGCUCAUGAUAUCUUGGGACCCAGAUGGGGCAGGUAUUAUGUAGGCCCAAUUCAGUUCAUGGUCUGCUAUGGUGCUGUUGUUGCUUCUACACUUCUAGGAGGACAAUGCAUGAAGGCAAUUUACUUACUAACCAACCCGGAUGGAACUAUGAAGUUAUAUGAAUUUGUGAUCAUAUUUGGGUGCUUUAUGUUGAUUUUAGCUCAAAUCCCAUCAUUUCACUCGCUGAGGCACAUCAAUUUGGUGUCAUUGGUUCUCUGCCUGGCCUAUAGUGCCUGUGCCACUGGUGGUUCCAUUUCUAUCGGAUCUUCCUCCAAGGGGCCAGAGAAGGACUAUUCCCUAGAGGGCAAUACUGAAGAUCGCAUAUUUGGGGUCUUCAAUGCAAUCGCCAUCAUUGCCACAACAUAUGGCAACGGAAUAAUUCCUGAAAUUCAGGCAACGCUAGCACCACCAGUGAAGGGGAAGAUGUUCAAGGGACUGUGUGUUUGUUAUACAGUAGCCACGGUGACUUUCUUCAGCGUAGCCAUCUCUGGGUAUUGGGCAUUUGGUAACCAAGCCGAGGGCCUCAUCCUCACCAACUUCUUGGUCGAUGGCAAAGCUUUGGUCCCCAAAUGGUUCAUUUUGAUGACCAACAUCUUCACCAUUCUCCAGCUUUCUGCUGUCGGUGUGGUAUACUUGCAGCCCACAAAUGAAGUGCUUGAAAGCACACUUGCUGACCCGAGAAAGACCGAGUUCUCGGCCCGAAACACCAUCCCAAGGUUAAUUGCCCGGUCACUAUCGGUAGUGAUAGCAACAACAAUAGCCGCAAUGCUUCCAUUUUUUGGGGACAUCAAUGCUGUCAUCGGAGCAUUUGGUUUUAUGCCGCUUGACUUUAUAUUGCCGGUGGUGUUCUUCAACUUGACAUUUAAACCGUCAAAGCAGAGCCCCAUUUUCUGGUUGAACGUUACUAUUGCAGUUGUUUUCUCGACAUUGGGGGUUAUUGCGGGGAUUGCCGCCGUUAGACAAAUUAGCCUUGAUGCCCAAAACUAUCGGUUAUUUGCUAAUGUAUGAAGUAGGGACAGGUAUCGGUGUCGGUAGGGGCAUUUUCGCCUACUAAUUCGUAAAAGUCGGUUAAUUAAACGACUUCAUAGCGACAAGAAAUAGUUUCGACUUUUUCGGUUAUUCGGUUAGUCGGUAAAUAAGUGGCCGAUCAAGUCUGUUAAUUGUCGGUUAUAAAUUUUUAUAUUAAGAAUUAUCAAUUUUCUUGUAACCUACAGAAUCAGAAUAUGCUAUAUAAAUAAAAAGAAAA